UCUCCGUUCCCACUUCCCAGACAGCAGGCACACGACAGGCAGAUGACCAGUUUUCGCUCUCCAUUGUUUACCGUUUGCAGCUUGCCACUCAGUCGACUUUCAGACUUCAGUGCAGCCUUGCUUGUUCUUCGUUUCGAUGCUGUCCUCAUUUUAUGCUAUGCUGUUGCAGAGCUAGGACGCAGCCGGGUUAGCAGAGUUUUUACGAAUUCAGUCAACGUUUACAUGAGUAGAACACAAGUUUUUCCGCUUUCGACAAAAUGGACGGGCAGAUUGUUGGUGACUAUUUUAAGCCUGCAAAGCGCGAUCGUCGUCAAGCCAACAUGGGCAAUACGGUACUGGUGAAUCUGGACGGAGAGAAAGAUUUCUACCUAGACUAUCUGCAGGAUAUCAACGGCCAAAACGUCUAUGUGGAUUUCGACUGUACCACGAUCCCACCACGUUGGAUCUCCGCGCAGCGCGUGUGGUUGCACGAAUUGCUGGAAAAGCAGUACCCUCAGUCCCAGGAAUCUCCCGCCUAUGUGGCUCUCCGCCAGCAACCAAAUGGACCGUAUAUCUUUCGUCCAGCCAUCCGAAUGAAACGCUAUUCCACCCAUGGUGAUUUGUUCUAUUCCUAUGUGCGCUUGGCAAACGAUACUGCUGCACGACCAUGGCGUCUGGUGCAUCGUUGGCAGAUGGUGGAACGUCUCCCUGAACUGUCUGCUCCUUCCUUGCUAGAACGAUUACCUGCUGUUAAUUACCGCAAGUUUUCGGUGUCUGCGCCUCAAGUGCGUCUUCUUGAGCAUAUCGAUGAGCACCGGAUUAUCAGUGUACUGAAUGCGGCUUUUCGCGGCGGUUACAGCAAUUUUGCUGGGUGGGAUCGGGUGUUUGUACGCAUGGAAGGCGACACCAUACAUUUCUUGGUGAUGGACAUAUACCACUAUCAUCCCCGGCACCGCUGCGCCAAUCCACGGUGCUGGACCGAUUCCACGGCGGAAAAAGUCGAAGCUGGUCUACGGGACUAUAUGAUGCCUUACUGUAAUCAUCCGGAGUUUCGACCACGUCUGUUGCGCUUCGGUGAAGAAAAGCUAGAUGAGCAGCCAAUGAUGAACUUUCUGCUGCCGGAAAUUAUGUCAGAGAUUGUGCUCCAUUUGGAUGUCCGCUCUCAAGUUAGAGGGCAACGAGUCUGCUCUUUGUGGGCGGAGUUGCUGGACAAUCGCGCAUCGGCUGUCUCCAUUACGUUGGAUUUGCACAACAUCAGUGCGCAUAUGCCGACCCAGGCUGCGACCGAAGCCUACCACGUUGCGUUUAUUUUGAAUCGCACCGUCAACGAAACAACCAAGACACUGACGCUGAUCGGAAUGACACAACGCAGCGGUGACUUUGAUCUGCCGUACGAUACUCUGCAGAAUCAGAUUGAGGAAUACCUCCGCCUGAAACGUACGCAGUUGCUAGCCAUUGUAGUCCAGGACUACCGGUCUGCUUUUCGCACCAUCAGCAUGGUUCCGAUUCUAAUGCCCCGCCUACGAGAACAUGACGUGUAUUUCAUUCCGUCUCGACUGAACAGUUUGUGCCGGAAGCUGCUGCUGGUUAACUGUGUCGUGGAAUUGGGGACCUGGCUGAAAUCGAAAGGAAGUGUCAACAAGUUCCCUGUGCUGCCAGGAUGGGAUGCGGCCGAUUCGCCGGACUUUUUCGUUACGGUGUCGCGUUUUUGGAUGACAUCCAAAAGAAAAAUGCCGGGGGACCCUGGACUCUUUGGCCACUUCGGUGUGGUAAUAGGCUGUGGUGGUCCUCCUGUAAGCGUCUCGGUUCGCGAUAAAAUAAAGCAGCUGCAUGCGUACUGGGUGGACAAGGUGCCAUAUCCGGGGAAAGAAUGGGAGAAAUUGCGGCAACUGGUGGAAUUGUUUGGAUUGUGUGAGAUGUCACUGGCACCUGGAUUCUGGAGUGAACUUGACCUGCGGAAUUUCGACGGUUUGCCCCUGACCAAUUUGCUGUUGGCUGUCCUUGCCUAUCUUUAUCUGCCUGCAGCUGCCCUGGAGCAGUCGGAAGUAGUUUUUUAACGCAGCCGCAGAUGUUCAGUGGAUUAAAUGUAUCUUACGUUUAGUUUCCAUUGAUGUUUACUUGGCUAAAUUGAUUAGUACGUUCUGCGACCGCAUUCACCAUCUUGACGCCAUUAUUUACGUCAUUUUAAAUUUUUCUUUUUAUACGCAUAAAUAUAGCGUAAUAUGUGUGGGAUACGGUACGCGAGUGGAGCUGACAUUAAAUGACAAAUUGG